GACACGUUCUUGAACUCACGCGAGCUUUGUUGUUCCUAGUGGUUAUUGGGUUGAGGCAGUUCAUACGGUGGUUUAUCUCAUCAAUCAGAAAAAUACUUCAGUUUUGGGGCAAACUUUACCAUAUCAGAACUUGUUUUCUCGACCCCCUGAUUACUCUCUCUUAAGAGUGUUCGGAUGCACUUGUUUCUUUCUACUUCUCGGGGUGAACGUCAUAAACUCGCACCGAAGACAAUUAAAUGUGUUUUCGUUGGAUACAGUGAUAAACACAAGGGAUAUUGCUUCUAUGAUCCUAUUGGGAGGAGAAUGAGAAUUGCUUAUCAUGUCUUGUUCCUGGAGCAUGUUAUGUACUAUUCCAUUUCGUCACAAGAUAAGCAAUCACAUGCUGAUUCUCUAGAGUUCCUGUCUUUUGUCCCAAGCUUUGAUGAGCCUAAUACUGCAGGGGAUAAUGGAACUCAGGGAGGGAAUGAGAACUCGGUUGUACUACAGGAUACCUCGGCCAGCUCACACUCCUCUUCGUCCUCACAUGAAUCCUCGACCAACUCGCAUGAAUCCUCAGCCAGCUCGCAUUCCCCUGGGCCUUCUUUGUCGUCCAGCUCCGACGCACACUCAAGCUCGGCUUCUAGCUCUUCGACAUCUGGGUCAUCUAGUGGGGGUUCACAGGGUGGCUCGCUCAAUAUGGUUGGGGGAGGGGAGGAGAAUGAAGUGAAUAAUGAUGAAGAGAGUGCUGGUCUUCGUCGAUCCAACCUCAGUACGAAGGGUCAACCACAGUUGCGACUUCAUGACUACGUAGGAUUUGCAACGAUACCGGUGUUUAUUCCGAAGUCAUAUGCUCAGGCAGUGAGUCAUCCAGAAUGGGAAUUGGCAAUGCAGGAGGAGUCUAAUGCACUAGACGCAAAUCAUACAUGGGAGUUGGUUCCGAGAACUCUAGAUAUGUCUGUCAUAGAUAGCCGGUGGGUUUAUAUCAUCAAAGUACAUCCGGAUGGAUCAAUUGAGCGAUUCAAGGCUAGAGUUGUUGCUCGAGGGUUUCUAUAGGAAUAUGGGAUUGACUACAAUGAAACAUUUGCUCCGGUAGUCGAGAUGCAAACCGUCCGGUGCGUGUUCGCAGUAGCGGCUAUGAAAGACUGACCAUUGUUUCAGUUAGAUGUGAAGAACGCCUUCCUACAUGGCGAUAUGAAAGAAGUGAUCUAUAUGAAGCGCCCACCAGGAUACAUGAAGGGUUCGGCAGAUAUAUGGUCUCAAACAAGCAUCGCGUGCUUGGUUUGAGAAAUUUCACAGUGUCAUUGUGCAGCUUGGCUUCACGCAGAGUCAGAAUGAUCCAUCUAUGUUUAUUCGAAAUACUAGUGGUUUUGCUGAUUUAUGUAGAUCACAUGAUAAUUACCGGGAGUGAUGCAUAAGGUAUUCAGGAGUUGAAGAAGUCUCUUCACAAAGCCUUUAAUCCUAAGGAUUUAGGCAAUGUGUCAUAAUUCUUGGGCCUGGAAGUACAACGGUCAUCGUAGGGUCUUCUUGUAUCGUAGUAGAAAUACAUUGCGGAUCUUUUGGAGACGGCGCAGUAUACAGACUGUAACCCAUGUGCGACACCGAUGCAGCAGAAUCUCAAAUUGACAAGGGACAGUGGUGAUUUGAUAGAAGAUCAGUCCCUAUACCACAGCUUGGUAGGGAGUUUAAUUUACUUAACUCAUACCCGACCAGAUAUUGCUGGUCAGUCAGUUUUUGGGAGUUGCUCAUGCACAACACUUGGCUGCUGUGCAUAGGAUUCUGCGAUAUCUGAAGCAAACACAGGAUGUUGGACUUUUCCUCCCUGCAUCUGGAGAAGCUGUGGUUGAGGCGUUUGCUGAUGCAGACUAUGCAGGUUGUCCCCACACAAGGAGAUCGACUUCGAGAUGGUGUAUCAGGGUUGGACAAUCGUUUAUUUCAUGGCGAUGCAAGAAACAAGACCGGGCGUCUAAGUCAUCGAUAGAUGCAUAGUAUCGUUCCAUGUCAGAUGUUAGUUCUAAAUUGGUCUGGUUACAACGAUUAUUGGAGGAGUUGGGUGUUGAGUGUCGAGCCCCUAUGCAGAUUUACGGAGAUAACACUAGUGUCAUACAAAUUGCACUCAAUCUAGUUCUUCAUGAUCGAACAAAGCAUAUAGAGGUUCACGUUCACUAUAUCAGGCAGCUGGUGAUAGAAGGAAAAAUACAGUUGAGUUAUCUGUCAACAAAAGAUCAGACUGCUGAUAUUUUGACUAAGACAUUGGCUUCUAGUAGGCAUUGGCACUUAUCUUCCAAACUGGUGUUACGUACCCAACAUCAAUUGAGGGAGGGUGUUAAAUUUUAGGUACCAUUGUGUAAUUGUACAUGCCUUAGUCAUUAGGGUUUGUACGUAACCUCUAUAUAAUGACCUGUGUAUACAUGCUUCUGUAACUAAUAAGAUUGACUUUGGAGGGUUUAGACUCUCCCGUGGACUAGUCCUGACAAUCGGGGAAACCACGUUUAACCUUGUGUUUGUUCUUUUGAUACAUUUGAGAUUAAAAGAUACAUAUAAGGUACUUGGAUACAUUCUCAACUUCGAUAGAGUAAUCUCACUACGGGAAAAGUGGCCUUACGCAACACUCAUCACACUCAUCCUCUUACGCAACAUUCUCACCUACUUCGAUAGAGUAAUCUCCCCUUUGUUUUCUCAUAUUGGUUUUGCAAAGUAAAUAUGGGAGGAAUGGAAAUAUGAAGUAUAUGAUGUGUAUGUUUUUUUAGUGUAGUUCUUGGUCAAUGGUCUGAGCGGUAUAUAUGACAAUAUUGUGGUCACAAAUAAUAGUAACUAUUUGUGAUAACUCAAGUCCUCUUUAUUGUAAUAAAUAUACUAUAUUCAAAAGCAUAAUAUUUGUGUAAAAAAAGAGUUCAUCAUUAAUGUUGUUGCAAUAGUAACAAUAUCUUUGUCACAGAAGCAUGAUAUUGUGACUACAAUACCAUCACAAAACCCUAUUUUGUGACAAAAUACAGGAUGAAAAUGGCA